AUUGUUUUGAAUUAAGAUUUUAAAUAAGCUUAAGUUUUAAAAAUUAUGUAAGUAUAUUUUUAAACUUAAAUACAAUGAAACUUGGUGAUAAACUGUGUAUGAUUUGCAGUGGAAGCAAAUUAGUUGGCAGGUACUUUGGUGCCAUUACUUGCGAUUCGUGUAAAUCAUUUUUCCGGCGAAUGGCCCUUAAAAAUAUUCAAGUAAUAUGCUUAAAUGAUGGUAAAUGUAAUAUAAUUGCAAAUCGUAGAAAACUUUGUAAAAAAUGUCGACUAGAAAGGUGUUUAGCCGUGGGAAUGAGAAAGGUCAGGAACUCAUAAGAGAUGUGAAAGAAAAUGAAAUGAGAAGACAAUUGAUUAAAGAAAACAAAUUAAGACAACAAAAUUGUGUUCAUUACUCAAACACUAGUAUUUAUAAUAAAUUCAUUUAUCUAUUAAUCAAUUCUAAAACCAAUAGUCUAUCACUGGUUCCCAUAUCGAGACCAUUGACUGACUAUCAAAACCAAUUCAAUGAAUUAGAGGGCAAUCGACUACAAGAAGUACUGUUUGCCAUGAAUUCAAUCCGUGAACCAAUUAACACGACUAUAAGGGGAGAGAUAACUGACAUCAAAGAGUGUGAAAUAAUGAUCAAUAAGUUAUACGCCAAAGAAAUACAAAAUUUUGUGAAAAUGAGUAGUAGUUUAAGUGAUUUUAAAAGUUUGUGCGGCAGUGACCAGAUUGCCUUGAUCAAAUAUGGCUCCAUUGAGAUUCAAAAUGUGCGCUCGGGUAGUUUUUAUGACUUGCAAACUGAGAGCUGGACUAUUAAUUUGGAUGAGAAUGAUGCCCUAAUAUUGAGCUUGAGCCUUUUAGAGCCUCAUAUGAUCACCACAUAUAAUGCAUAUAAAUCGUUUUUCCCGAAAAUUGUACCCGUUUUGGAUAACGAUUCAUUGACGGCUAUAUUACUAUUUAACCCAAACCGUCCAUACCUUAUUCAUAGGGAUACAAUUAGACUUCAUCAGAAAUCAUACAUUCAUUUACUUCACCGCUAUUUUCAAUUGAAAUACCGUUCAGAAUAUGAGGCGAAAGCAAGACUAAUGAGUCUAAUGGAUGUUAUGCCAGACAUCCGUGUAUUAGGAGAUACUCUGUGGAGGAAUGGUAAGGAAUCCUCGCCACAAAACUUCAAUUUCGGUGCCAUUACUUGUGGUUCGUGUAAAGCAUUCUUCAGGAGAAAUGCCCACAAAUCUGAUGUGACAAUAUGUCAUUUCGGAGGCAAUUGUGACAUAACUGUAAAGACCAGAAGAAUGUGUCAGUGCUGUCGCCUUAAGAAGUGUUUGGCCAUCGGAAUGACAACUGACUCAUUUCUAUCGGAAGACAAGAAACUACAGAUAAAAAUGAAAAUAAGAGAAAAACGACUGAAACUUAUUGGAAAGGAUGGCAGGGAUAGGAGUAUCGGUACUAAUACUAAUACAUCCAAUGAUUCAUUUACCACAACGAGUGAUAAUGACAUGGCGGCAAUACAGGAUAAUAGUUCAGAUCAAGCUUCUACUGUAGAGUGCCUAUCAGUGGUUCCCAUAUCUAAACCAUUGACUGACUAUCGAAACAAUUUAACUGAAUUAGAGAGCAAUCGACUGACGGAAGUGUUAUUCGCAGCGAACCUAAUCCGUGAGCCAAAGACCACAAUCACGGCAACAAUCAAAGAUAUGGAUGAAUGCAAACAAGUAUUGGUCUAUAAGUUCACAAAAGAGGUCCAGAAUCUGUUUAAAAUGACAAAUAAUUUGCGGGCAUUCAAGAGCUUGUGUACUGAUGACCAAGUAGCCCUGAUGAAGUAUGGGGGCAGUGAUAUACUCAAUAUGCGUGCUGUAACCAUAUUUGAUGUAAACACCCAGUGCUGGACACUUAACCUGAAUGACAAAUGUUCAGUACUGUUACCACUAGAUGUGAUCAAAAAGUCCAAGACAAACAACGACUCCGUUAUUGUGGAUUUGUUGACAGCUAUACUACUAUUCAAUCCCAACCGCCCACACCUCACGCAUACGGACACCGUUUUACUUCACCAGAAAUCAUACAUUCAUUUACUUUACCGUUAUUUCCAAUUGAAAUAUCGGUCGGAAUCAGAGGCGAGGAGACGAUUCUUAUGGCUAAUGAAACUGAUGCCCGAUAUUAACCAAUUGGGUCAUACCGUGUGGAAUAACGGGGCGGGACUGGAGCCCAACUCACUCGGACCACUGCUCCGGGAGUUAUAA